AAAUUAAAGUAUAAUUUAUAUUGUGUUUAUUACAUAAAAAAUUGUGGGAAUGGAAAAUAAAUCUCGCACAAAACAAUGGCCACAAUAUUUAGCAGCCAUAACUGCAACAUUGUCUAUGGCGAUUACAGGAGCACAUAUUGGAUGGACUUCUCCAACGCUUCCGAAUCUCAAGAAAUUAGAUUCUCAUUUACCAAUUACAUCUAAUGAUGCGUCUUGGAUAGCUUCUUUUUAUUUACUUGGUUCAAUUCCUGGUAAUAUUCUUGCUGCUUUCAUCGUUGACUGGAUUGGUCGAAAAGCCAGUCUGUUAAUUGCUAGUAUACCAUUAAUUAUCGGUUGGCUUUUAAUAAUCGUCGCAUGGAGUCCAUACGUUCUUUACGUAUCACGUUUUAUUAGUGGUUUAGGUCAAGGUAUUAUCUAUGUCGUAUGUCCUAUGUAUAUAGGUGAAAUAGCUGAUAAGAACAUUCGUGGAUCAUUAGGAUCCUUUAUUAAACUUAUGGUCACAUUUGGCGAACUUUAUGCUCAUAUUAUAGGACCUUUUGUGUCUUAUCAAUGGCUUGCCUAUAGUUGCAUACUCAUACCUAUCCUUUUUUUCAUUACCUUUAUAUGGAUGCCAGAAUCUCCUUAUUAUUUGAUAAUUCGUAAUCGUCGUAAAGAUGCUGAAAGAAGUUUAAUGAGAUUAAAAUGCCAUGUAUCUAAAGAGGAUUUGGAAGAAGAUAUGGAUCAGAUGCAGAAGACAGUUAUACGAGAUCUGAGUGACAAAGGCCACAUUUGGGAUCUUUUCAAUACCGUGGGUAACAGACGUGCUGUACUUAUCUGUUUUGGAUUACAAUUAAUACUUCAAUUCAGUGGUAUAGCGGCUAUUGAAUCCUAUACACAAGAGAUUCUUGAAGAAAGUGAGUCUGAAAUUUCGGCUGGAAUAGCAGUUAUCAUUCUUAGUGUAAUGCAAUUAGCAGCUGGUUUAGGUGCCGCAGCUUUGGUUGACAGGAUUGGCAGAAAGCCCUUACUAUUAAGUACUACAUUUUUAGCUGGUGUAGCUCUCAGUGUUAGUGCAACUUUUUAUUUUUUAAAGCUUUCAUUAAACUAUAAUAUGAAAGGCUACGGUGCUGUUCUUAUCACAUCAGUUAUCGGUUAUGAGCUGAUUAUUGCUUUAGGAUUGAGUCCUUUACCGUAUAUGAUGUUGGGAGAGUUAUUUCCAACAAAUGUCAAAGGAUUUGCUGUAUCUUUAGCCAAUCUGUGGGCAUCACUUCUCGCCUUUUUCGUGUCAAAAAUGCAUCAGGUUAUAACUGAUACAUGUGGAAUUUAUACGUCCUUCACUUGGUUUGCAUCAGCUAGUUUUAUUGGUAUAACAUUUAUUAUAUUUAUUGUGCCAGAAACGAAAGGAAAAUCUCUAUUGGAAAUACAAGAGGAGCUGAACUGUCGUACUAAAAGACCAAAACGUAAUGGUAUUCCAGAAAUACAGAUUAGUACAAUUUCAUAAUUUUACGUUUUUCUGAAUAUAAACAAAAUAAGUAUACAAAAAGAAGUGUGAUGUUGAUAUUAUUAACAAUCGAGUUAUUUCUAUAG